CGCUGAUUGUGAUUGACAGAAUUACAGGAAGCUCUCUCAAAGUUGAUCCUGACUUCCAAAUCAUCCCACAGGUGUCAUCUCAUCUUUCAGUGCCAUGUCCACCUCAAGGAAACCUGACGGUCCCGGGGCAGCUGCUCCGUGCCAGCCCUCCUCCUCAUUCGAGAGCAGCAGCUCAAAGGACCCUGAUACAGACCCUGGAGGGCUCCUCUUCCCGGUGACCCGGUCCUCCCUGCUGGCUCGCCGUCUCCUGCGUCUCCGGGCCAACAGCAGACACUCAGGCCCCCUUACACGCCGCAAGAGGGAGAUGAUCUCCGACGACCAGAAAGAUGCCACUUACUGGGACAAGCGACAGAAGAACAACCAGGCGGCCAAGCGAUCCAGAGAGAAAAGGAGGCUGAACGACCUGAUGCUGGAGGGUCAGCUGCUGGCUCUGAGUGAUGAGAACGCACAGCUGCGGGCCCAGUUGCUCAGCCUGCAGUACCACCGCAACAUGGGUGCAGAAAAGAGCAGAGAUACCUGUGCAAAGUGCACUGCAUCGGUCUCUUUGUCUACAUCACCCGGAUCGGCCUUCUUACAGCCAGGACUCUGGGGUAACGGCAACCAAGCCUCUGUCCUGAGGCAACAAGUAGCAGCCACAAACCCAUUUGGGGCCAAGAUUCCUUAUUUUGGCUCAUCUAGAGGUGUGUUUAAUCCGCAGAGCUCUCACAAAUGUGGUGCACAGCAGGGCUACACCCACUCCGGGCAAAGCAUUCUCUCUCCCCGAGUAGUUGUAGAGGGCGGCAGGUCAGCGGAGGCAGAGCUGGAUACUCAGCUACAAGUCUCCUCCAGCGAUGACAUCCACAACUCCACCGAUGCGUCUUCCAUCAAUGCAUUUUUGCCCACACCUGACAAGCGCCAUCAUGCCUCCAUCCUGUCAUAUCCCCCUGGAAAUUGGCUGGUGCCCCAUCUGAAUCACUCGGCAGUGUGCAAUAACUUCCUGCUGCCUUGGAGGUCUUCCUACCUGACCCCACCGGCCGUCUACCCCGGUCUGCCUCUCUACAGACCGGAGAGACAAGGCCAGGGUGUCGGUGUGGAGACGGACAUUCAGGGGACGUUCAAAAGCAGGUUAAGCAGCGCACCGGCGGUGCUGACUCAGGGGCUGCACCUCAGUCCUGAUGGCCGCUAACAGGACAGUUUGUCACUGCGUUUAUUGCUAAACGAAACUUACUUUCCCCUUUUUCAAUUUUUUUUAAAAUCAUGUUUUGUAAAAAUGCAAGUAUUGAUUUUAAAUUGCCAAUGUUCACAAAAUAUAAUUAAGCAGCAUAUUAACAAGACAUGCCUUUUAAUCUGUGGUUUGGUCGUAAUGAAAACUGCGGAUAUGUGUGGGCUAUAUUUACAGAAAUAUAGACUGCACAUUGAAUAUUAAUGCAGCUUAUACACUGUGGAUAUAAUGUAUACAGACUUCCUGUGGUUUCAGAUGUGUUUCUAUUUUCUCAAUAAGCGGUUACAUUGCACGGCACGCAUAGACCAUUGCUGUCAGAAACUCUCGAAAACUCAACAUCAGCAAUAUUAAUGCGGCCCAUUUCAAAUCUGUCAUCAAUAAUACGUUCAUUAUAUAAAAGUAUAAAUGGAAGACAUAAAAGUCAUAUCAGGCUUUUUGAUUUGGUAUAUUACAUACAUUGAAUUACUGAGUUCAUGUCAGUGUGUCGUGGGGUUAAUAUUUAUUGUUUGGGAUUUUUUUUAACCGUUUAUCUGCGGUGAAAAACAUCAGAGAGCGAGCCAGUGAAACUGGGUGCUUGGUAUUUCCCUGCGUGAUUUCCCAGCAGAUGGAAAACCUAACGUUGAACCGCUGAUUUGUAGGCCUAUAGCUCUGCAGGAGACACUAUCCUCCAUUGCAUUUGGCUAUUUUUUAAGCUUAUUUCUUGUUAAAGUCAGGGUAUCAAUACAAUUGAUAAAUACUUGCAACCAGUUGGUUCCUUAAGCUGCAUGCAUUAUAAAAAUAAAUAAACAAUAAACAACCUGUU